UCCUGGUCAGAUGGAUUGAGUGAAAGUAGCAGUGUUGUGGAUGAAUUAUCAGAUUUUAAUGUCAAUCCUAAAGACAGAAUAUCAGAAUGGCAAGCCGGAUGGAAUGUUACGAAUGCAAUCCAGGGAAUGUUCAUAGUGAGUUUUCCCUAUGCGGUUGUUCAAGGUGGAUAUUGGGCUAUACUUUCCAUGAUAGUGGUAGCAUAUAUCUGUUGUCAUACCGGUAAAAUACUCGUCCAAUGCCUUUACGAAGAAAAUGAACACGGAAGGAAGGUCCGCGUUAGAAACAGCUACGUUGAAAUUGCCGAGCAUGUGUGGGGGAAACGUUUUGGAGGUAGGAUCGUGGAUUGUGCACAAAUUAUAGAAUUGUUAAUGACGUGUAUACUUUAUGUGCUCUUAUGUGGUGACCUCAUCAAAGGUAGUUUUCCAGACAGCCCGUUGGGACUUUCAUCGUGGAUAAUGGUCAGCACCAUACCACUCCUGGCUUGUGCAUUUUUACAAUCAUUACAGCGUGUUUCAAUGCUGAGUUUUUGGUGUACAGUAGCUCAUAUGUUGAUUAAUGCCAUCAUAAUCAUUUAUUGUUUCACACGUGUCACAGAAUGGCAUUGGUCAGACGUUCAAGUUAGGAUCAAUAUCUGGACAUUCCCAAUUUCUCUUGGGAUCGUUGUAUUCAGUUAUACGUCUCAAAUAUUCUUACCCACGCUAGAAUGUAAUUUAGAAGACAAGAGUAAAUUCACGUGUAUGAUGCAUUGGACUCAUUUAGCGGCGGCUGUGUUUAAAGCUGGCUUCUCUUACAUUGGAUUUCUAACCUGGGGUUUUGCUACCAAAGAAGUGAUUAGUAACAAUUUACCCACUCAAGUUUUUAAAAUCAUUGUUAAUAUGAUAUUAGUCGCUAAAGCUCAGUUAUCCUACCCGCUUCCAUAUUUCGCGGCGGUAGAAUUAUUAGAAACGUCAUUAUUUGCCGGUAGACCGGAAACUGUAUUUCCAGCGUGUAUAGACAAUACCCAUAGAUUAAAGAUUUGGGCGCUAAUUUGUAGAGUAGCUUUAGUAGUUUUUACAACAUUAUUAGCAAUUAUCAUUCCACAUUUUGCCAUAUUGAUGGGUUUAAUAGGUAGUUUUACAGGAACCAUGUUAUCGUUUGUUUGGCCAUGUUACUUUCAUUUAAAGAUAAAGUGGCAUACAAUGAGCAUUACAUAUAAAAUACUGGAUAUAGCUAUUAUUGUAAUUGGACUAGCAUGUGGUUCUAUAGGUAUUUAUUACUCUGGACACGCAUUAACACGAGCUUUUCAAGGUCUACCGCCUAGUCCAUUUCACGGCUCCAAACACGACUAAUGAAUAGACAGGCCUUAGACAAUGGUUAGGAAAUACUGUUACUGAUUUUAUAUAAGCGACGUUUCGACUAGGAUAAUCUUGUCUUUAUCAAGCAAUAAUUGAUAAAGACUAGAGAUUUCUAGUAGAAACUUUGCUUAAAUAAAAAAAGAAACUGUCUUCGAUAACAAUUGUUUUAUCUUUAUUGACUAAUGAAAUUUGGCGGGAAAUCGAAUUGCGCCAUUUCUUAUUACGCUCGUUUAAAAAAUAUAACUAAACUAUGUUAACAGAGUCAAUUAUUAAAGAUGUCAGUUUGGAUUUAUUUUAAGACUUUUUCUUGUCUGUAUUCAUGAUUUGUAUGAUACUGUGUUUAAAUUUUCGACAUUUGUUUGCUUAAACCGAACGAGGCGAAUGAACCACAUCACGUGAUCUCCUUCAUAUUCCGAUACUUCGUAUUUAAGAGUUUUUAUCAUGUUGGUAUAUAGAUUGUUAGUUAAAUAUGAUUAUUGAUGUGAGAGAAAAAAAAAGAUAUUCCAUAUUAAUUAAAGAUAUUUCAUC